GCACGUCAACGUCAGCACGCGCCGAGCCCGGAAAAGGCGCGGGCUGGGAGCGAUUUCUGCGCUGCUGUGCGGCGCCUCCUUAUCGAUGGCGCUGUGGCGCGGCUCCGCCUGCGCGGGCUUCCUGGCGCUGGCCGUGGGCUGCCUCUUCGUACUGGAGCCGGAGCUGCCGGGCUCGGCGCUGCGCUCACUCUGGAGCUCGCUGCGGCUGGGACCCGCUCCACCGGGACCUCUGUCCCCCGAGAGCCGCCUGGCGGCCGCCUGGGACACACUGAUCGUGCAGCCGGCCCGGCGCUGGCGCCGCGUGGCCGUGGGAGUCAACGCAUGCGUGGAUGUGGUGCUCUCGGGUGUGAAGCUGCUGCAGGCGCUGGGCCUGACUCCCGGGAGUGGGCGAGACCAUGCUGUCCUGCACUCGAGGAGUGACCUGGAAGAAGCCUUCGUCCACUUCAUGGGGCAGGGAGCAGCCGCUGAGCGCUACUUCAGCGACGGGGACACCUUUCAGGACAUUGCGCGUGUAGCGUCUGAGUUCCCCGGAGCCCAGCACUAUGUAGGAGGAAAUGCAGCUUUAAUUGGACAGAAAUUUGCAGCCAACUCAGACUUGAAGGUUCUCCUUUGCGGUCCAGUUGGCCCAAAGCUCCAUAAGCUUCUUGAUGACAACGUGUUUGUCCCACCAGAGUCACUGCAGGAAGCGGACGAGUUCCACCUCAUUCUGGAGUAUCAGGCAGGGGAGGAGUGGGGCCAGGUUAAAGCUCCCCACGCCAACCGCUUCAUCUUCUCCCACGACCUCUCCAACGGGGCCAUGAGUGCGCUGGAGGCGUUUGUGUCUAGCCUGGAGGAGUUCCAGCCUGACCUGGUGGUCCUCUCAGGAUUGCACAUGAUGGAGGGACAGAGCAAGGAGCUCCAGAAGAAGAGGCUCUUGGAGGUCGUCACCUCCAUUGCUGACAUCCCCACCGGCGUUCCAGUGCACCUGGAGCUGGCCAGCAUGACGAACAGGGAGCUCAUGAGCAGCAUCGUGCAGCAGCAGGUCUUUCCUGCAGUGACCUCCCUCGGGCUCAACGAACAGGAGCUGCUGUUCCUCAGCCAGUCGGCGUCGGGCCCGCACGCCUCUCUGAGCGCCUGGAGCGGGGUUCCCGAUGUGGGUAUGGUCAGUGACAUCCUCUUCUGGGUCCUGAAGGAGCACGGGAGGAGCAAUGGCCGAGCCUCGGACCUCACCAGGAUCCACUUCCACACGCUGGUCUACCACAUCCUGGCCACAGUGGAUGGGCACUGGGCCAACCAGCUGGCAGCCGUGGCCGCCGGGGCUCGUGUGGCCGGAACUCAGGCCUGCGCCACUGAAACCAUCGACGCCAGCCGAGUGUCUCUGCUGGCGCCUCGAGAGUUCACAACUUCCCACUCAGAGGGGGGCUCCAGGAUCGUGCUAAACCCGAGCGAGCCUGUGGCGCAGUGGCACCGCGGGGGCAUUUCCUUCUACUUCACUCCGGUGCUGGUGUGCAAGGAUCCAGUUCGAACUGUGGGCCUCGGGGACGCCAUCUCGGCGGAAGGCCUCUUCUACUCGGAAGUCCCCGCUCAGUAUUAGGAAGGCGGUGGUAGGUGUCUGAGCUGAGCACCAGCCGGCUGAAGGACUGCAGGAAGCAAGCAGCUCGGAAAGCAGGACGGAGGGUGUCAGUUCUAGACCUAACUGGAAGACAGCCAAAGAAGCGGCAGCAGGUUCAGCUGCGCAGAUACAUUCCAGCCUGUUGGCAAGCCCGUCGGAACACGUCUUUGAACUGAGAUUUCGUUCUCUACUAAUAAGACUGGGUUUUUGUUCCUCAUGUUGUGUGUUGCAGGAGUAAAAGCUUCAAUUCCCAAGUCUCCAACUUCUGCAGUGUCAUCAAGUAAUUUAAGCCAGACUUCUUUGCCCACCAGAGUUUGUCAGGCAGAGAAAGCACCCUGUCCCCGCACACCGGCGAGGCGCCUGGUGGGGGGUGCUGGGGCUCAGCUCGCUUCCCGAGGGGUCUCGGUUCCAUGGAGUGUGACAGUGACAGUAUUCAGUGAGCAUACACCUUCUCGGUCUUCUGCUCUCAGACACAGUCAGGGCCACAAGUACAGGUAGAAAGGUCCCUCCCGUGCUUUACGGUUGCAGCAGAAAUGGGAUCUCCGGGGAGCCUCUGAGCCAGUCGCGGUGCAGGUGUCCGGAAGCCUGGGUGCCGCCGUGAGCCGGGGACGGGGCCUUCCUGCCUGGGCUCCUUGGAUUGGAGGCUGCCGAGGCCGGGCUGCCGGGCCUCCCCGCCCAGGAUGGCUGUGCUUUCUGCAGCAGAAGCCUGAUUCUUUCUGAGCCGCGAAGGAGCUUACUUUUACAACUAGAACGUGCAUCUGUACCAGACCGUGUAUGUUUUAUGUUGUCAUUGAUGCAUCCAUUAAAAUUUGACCUCAAAAGAGUUCCGGGAUCAUGAAUAACUUUGCCAUGGUAUAUAUUUAUUUUUUUAUAAAUCAAGACUUCUGUGUGCUUUUAAAAAUAUUAAAAACAAUUUACAUUUCA